AUGCAGCUCCUACGACAACGACAACUGCAGCUCCUAUUACAACAACUCAGCACCUACUACGACAACUACACCUGCAGCACCUGCUACGACAACUACACUUGCAGCACCUAUUACGACAACUACAAAUGCAUUACCUACUACAACCACUGCAACUGCAGCACAUGCAAGAACAACUGUAGCUCCUUCGACAACAUCUCUCCUCCGAUAACCACAAGUGCAGCACCUAUUACGACCAUUACAACUGAAGCUCCAACGACAACCACAACAAAAGAACCUACUACGACAACUACAACACCUACAACUGCAGCACCUACGACGACAACUACAAAUGCAGCUCCUACAACAACCACAACUGCAGCACCAACAACGACAACCGUAGCUCCUACAACUGCAGCACCUACUUCGACAACCACUGCAGCACCUGCUACAACUACAAUUGAAGCUCCUACAACAACAACUGUAGCUCCUAUGACCACUACAACUGCAACACCUACUUCAACAACCACUGCAGCUCCUACAACCACUACACCAGCAGCACCUACUACGACAACUACACCUGCAGCACCUGCUACGACAACUACACUUGCAGCACCUGUUAUGACAACUACAAAUGCAUCAUCUACUACAACCACUGCAGCACCUGCAAGAACAACUGUAGCUCCUUCGACAACAUCUGUAGCUCCUGCGACUUCUACAACUGAAGCACCUACUACGACAACAACUAAUGCAGCUGCUACGACAACUACAAAUGCAGUUCCUACGACAACAAUUUUAGAUCCUACGACCACAACAACAGAAGCACCUACAAGGACAACUGAAGCUCCUACAACAACCACAACAGCAGUACCUACAACAACAACUGUAGCUUCUACGACAACUACAUAUUCUACUACCACAAUGACAACUGUAGCUCCUACAACAACUACAACACCUACUACAACAACAACAACAACUGUAGCUCCUAGGACCACUACAACUGCAGCACCUAAUUCGACAACCACUGCAGCUUCUACUACAACAACUGUAGCUCCUACGACUUCUAUAACUGAAGCACCUUCUACGACAACUACAAAUGCAGCUCCUACGACAACGACAACUGCAGCUCCUAUUACAACAACUGUAUAUCCUAUGACCACAACAGAAGCACCUACAACGACAAUUGAAGCUCCAUCGACAACCACAACUCCAUCGACAACCACAACACCUACUACGACCAUUACAACAGCAGCACUUACUACUACAAUGACAACUGCAGCUCCUACAACAACUACAACACCUACUACAACCACUGCAACACCUACAGCAGCAAGUGUAGCUCCUAUGACCACUACAACUGCAGCACCUACGACAACCACAACUGAAGCUCCAUCGACAACCACAACACCUACUACGACCAUUACAACAGCAGCACCUACUUCUACAAUGACAACUGUAGCCUCUACGACCACUACAACUGAAGCACCUACUUCGACAACCACUGCAGCUUCAACAACUGUAGCCCCUAUGACAACCACAACUGCAGCUCCUAUUACAACACCUUUAGAUCCCACAACCACUACAACAGAAGCACCUACAACGACAACUGAAGCUCCUACGACAACCACAACAGCAGCACCUACAACAACAACUGUAGCUUCUACGACAACAAAUAUAUCCCCAACCACGACAACGUCAGCAGCUACUUCGACAAUCACUUCAGCUCCUACUACAACAACUGUAGCUCUUACAACCACUACGACUGCAGCACAUACUACAACAACUACAACUGCAGCACCUACUACGACCACUUCAACUGCAGCACCUGCAAGAACAACUGAAGCUCCUUCGACAACUGUAGCUCCUACGACCACUACAAUUGCAGCACCUACUACGACAACUACAUCUGCAGCACCUGCUACAACUACAACUGCAGCCCCUACUACGACCACUUUAGCUGCAGCACCUGCCAGAACAACUGUAGCUCCUUUGACAACUGUAGCUCCUACGACCACUACAAUUGCAGCACCUACUACGACAACCACUCCAGCUUCCACUACAACAACUGUAGCUCCUUCCGACAACAACUGCAGCUCCUAUGACCACUACGACUUCAGCACCUACUUCGACAACCACUGCAGCUUCUACUACAACAACUGCAGCUCCUACGACUUCUAA